GCUAGCGCCAGACUGCUGCUCAUAUACAUACUUUAUUUGAAAUACUGUGCAGCUGACCCUAGCAUCUUCAGAACGUGCUCGGGCACGGACUCUUCAUGCACGGGGGAGCGCUCGUUUGUGAGCUUGUGAAAAUCCAAAACUUGUUCCUUCCAUCCCUCACAAAAGCACCUUUGACCAGUAACCUGAGUUAUCUGUUGUGUGCGCCCGGUAUUCGUAGUUUCACAUUCAACGCUCAAAAGGCGUCAUCAGCUGCCGCGGCGUCACCUGCACUCAUCGCUGCUGAAGCUUCACAAACGAUGACCGUUGAAGGCUCAGCAAGCAAUGGGAAAGCUGGCGAGAAAGGCGUUGACGCCGACGGCACGACGGGGGGUCGGCCUGCGCACCACGUUCCUAACCCUGGGAUGCUUCUAGGGCCAAAGUUCUGUAACCCAUGGGAGACUUUUGAGGAACGGACAUUCGGCCAGGUCAUCGACUGGUCUCGCCAGCGGAAGAAGGACAAGAUUAACACUGACGGCCACCUGGUUGGCAACAUGCACCCCACGCCCGAGGACUACAGGCGAGCCUUCCCCCUGCACCCAGUGGACUGGGAGGCCCUGGCGGCGGGCCCUCCGGCCGGCGGCAUCCAGGCGGUGUGGGUGGGGCACGCCACGGUGCUGGUGCAGAUGGGCGGCGCCACCUUCAUCACCGACCCCUGCUUCAACGAGCGCUGCUCCUUCGUGCAGUUCUUUGGCCCUCGGCGCGUGGUGCCCUCCGCCAUCAGCGGCACGGAGCCGCAGCUGCCCCCGCUGGACUUCGUACUGCUGUCGCACAACCACUACGACCACCUGGACACCGGGUCGGUACGGACACUCAACAAGCGGUACGGCAAGGCGCUGACGUGGUAUGUGCCGCUUGGGCUGGGCAGCUGGUUCCGCGGCGAGUCCGUGGAGCGUGUGGUGGAGCUGGACUGGUGGCAGAGCGCCACACACACCGCCAAGGGCGGCGCCGGCGGCAGUGCCGGUCGUGGAGCCGGCAGCGAGGUGACGGUGACGAUGGUGCCGGCGCAGCACUGGAGCAUGCGCUCCGGCAUGGACCGCUGCCGCAGUCUGUGGGGCGGCUACGUGGUCACCACCAACCCCAAGGCCGCACCCGCCUCCGCAUCUGCCGACCCCUCUGCACCCGCAUCCGCUGCGGCCGUCUCCGCCAACGUGUCCGUCUCCGAGUCCCCCUCCCCUGCCUGGCCUCCGGGGCAGCAGCAGCCGGGGCAGCAGCAGCAGCAGCAGGCGGGCGGAGGCAAGACGCUGCGGUUCUACUUCGCGGGAGACACGGGUUACUGCCCCGUUUUCAAGGAGAUCGGGGAGCGCUUCGGCGGCAUCGACCUGGCCGCGAUCCCCAUUGGCGCCUACGAGCCGCGGUGGUUCAUGAAGCCGCAGCACACCAACGCGGAGGAGGGGCUGAUGGUCGCGCAGGACGUGCGCGCGGCGGUGUCCAUAGGCAUCCACACCGCCACCUGGAGCCUCACGGACGAGCCGCUGGAUGAGCCGCCGGCGAGGCUGGCGGCCUCGGUGGCGGCGGCGGGCCUGCCCACUGGGUCGUUCGUAACUCUGCAGCACGGUGAGAAGGCCGUGGUUGUGGACGGGCAGCUGGUCAACGACCCCGCCACCCUGCCGGUUGCCGGGAGCCCCGCCAUCGCCGCCGCGGCAGCGGUGGUGGCGGCGGACGUGCAGGCAGCGGCGGUGGCGAAGGCAAAGGCGGCAUCAGGGAGCAAAGUGGAGGCGGCGACAUAAGCGGGUGAACGUGGCGAUGUCAGCUGCAAGGCAGACGGGUGAGAAACAACAAGCUGCAGGUUUGUGAAGAUGACUUUUGAGCGGAACGAAACCGCCUCGCUCGAUAUUUACUGAAGCACGCCACAGGCGUUGUGGCGCAGGAGAUUAUGUCUGUGCUCGCGUAUCUAGUUGCUCGGGGGCUUCUUGUACCGUACUGGCCUACUGGGUCAUGGUUUAGGUCUUCAUGUCGCUUGGCUUGCAUCGCAUGCGUACACCAGACCUAAAUCAACGGCAAACUGCUCUGACUUUUGAGUACGUGUCUGUCGGUGGUGCACUGCUGCGGUGGCGUGCUGCUUGAGCAUGUGCGUGUGGAGUAGAGAAGGUUCGACGUCUAUGCAUAUUGAAACGUACGAGGGGGUGGGGUAUCAAUGCGAGCAUAGAAGAACCAAGGUAAUACACGGCUCGAGCCUCACAGAGGCGUAGGUUGGCAUAUGGUCAGGCCUAUGGUAAGGGCGGGCACCAAGGGCGGGCACCAACUCUGGCACGCAUGUCAUUGGCGAGGGAGGGCUGCUCGACACAAUUGCAAGGCCUUGCAGGGGCCCUUGUUCACUACUAGGGGCUCGGCAGGCCGGUAGCGUGCCAUCACAUUGCGGUAUGGUUGUGAGGCUUGUAGUCGGCAUGGUACGCAGGGCUCCUAUCUUAAUGUCUCCAGACAUUAAUCAGCCAGUUUGG